AUGACACAGGAUGCAAACUCGAAUUCCCCCCGAGCGCCGGCGAAGAUCCUGAGCUUGCUCACGACCUUCCGAACCAGCUUCACCAAGCUCGAGGGCAACCCCGCAAAGCAGUACAGCCUCUGCAUGGAGUACGCCGAUCAGUUCGUGAAGCUCUCCGAGACACUCGACGCAACCAUCAUGGAAUGGUUCGCCAUCUUUGAGUGCACGGCCAUGUUCGAGACGUAUAGCGCGGACGACAAAUCGGUCUGGCUGCCCAUCCGGACUGCGGUCGAUCGCGCCCGCGAGACUGAGAAACACAAAAGGUUUGAGUGGAGUGCCGUCGCGCGGUUGCAGCAGAUCGGCUACGGCACCACCUUUGCCAAGCAGUGUGCCUUCCUCGCCGCACGAGUCGUGGACUGGCCACAAUUCUGCCACUGGGUGAACUGGGUCGCCUUCCUGCGCUGCACAAACGGGAAACAGGGCCAGAAGCGGCGGCCCGGCGUGAUUCCCGGGGAUAUCGCUAGUGCGCAUGACCGGCUGAACGAGUUGUCCAUGCUCGACAUGCCGACCGACGAUAUAGUCCCGGCCAUGCUGCGCCCCGAGCAGGGGGAGGAGAUAGGCUGCGUGAUCGAUCCGCACGGACUGUUGAUUCCUCGGCCCGUCGAGACGCGCCUGAUCGUCCCAGCCGCCCCCGUCGAUCCGCUGCCUCCUCCUUCGCCUUCUGCGUCGCAUCCCGAGGCUCCUCCCUGCCCGGUCGCUUCCUCGUGUCCAGCCAGUGUCGGAGCCCGAAACAAGUCGAGGGCUGCGCCGGAACCCUCCGUGAUGCAGCAGGGAACUUUCAGUUCCCUAGCCGGCCUCGACGAGCAAGACGGUGCACGGCAGCCCGGAGCACGGCGGCCCGGAGCACGCAUCAGCACGCUGUGGGUCUCAUUCCACCGGCCCUGGACGCCGGUACUGCGGGGCCCGCCCCAGAUCACACCCGGCCGGAUCUGCCAGCUGCUCGGGGUGGAUCCCGACCUUGAAUUCCCAUCUCGUCAGAAGCCAACAACGAUUCCACAGCUAUUAUUCGGGAGCUUCCAGCAUGUCUCGACUUCUUCGGAUCGCCGUCCAGUCGUUCUAGCAAUGGCCCAGCAGGAGGUGAACAUAUACCCUAGUAGACGGCGGACCGAGGGCUAUCCCAUGGGGGAGGGCGUUCAGGGCUCAACCAAGUUUACAUACGGUGACAUGCGGGUAUUUGGUGGAUGUGGUUGGUUCCCGCGCGCAUCUACUUUGCCUGGUACUAUUUUGAAUCUUUCUCUCAGUACCGAGUAUAUAUACACGCAAUUCCUGCUUAAUUUUAUUUCUGAUUUCGCAUACUUUAAUCGCGUCGUGCAAACCCUCACCGCCUUGCCGCGCGACGCGAUCGAUCUGCCUGGCCAUGUUAUUGAGCAUGCGGCCACUCCCGAUCGAGACGUCCUCGAGACACCACUCGACCUUCCAUCGAUUAGCCGUGGUGAGCCGACAAUGAGCACCGACAAUAUGAUAUAUUGCCUUAUGACAAGCGGCUCAAUGCCAGCGAAUUUCCCCGACUCCUUUCAGCGAAACGAGGUCGAGUGA